CAUCGGAAAUGGAGGCCUACACAGUUCAUCCUACUGUAAUCUCAACCACUGAAAAUAAUCUAAAAACAAAUGGCAGAGAAUAAUAGCCUUGAACAUUUUACGAGAAGAACGCAAGUCUUAUUAUUAAUAAAAGUUACGCUUUUAUUUCUGAAAUAUUAGAAAAUGGAGAUGGAUGAAACUCAAGCAAGGAGUUUGGUUGAUAAGAUAAGUGAUGAGAUUGAGAAUGGAGACAUUAAACACUGUUCAGAACAUGGAUGGUUCAAGGAGGAGAAACAAAGAUUGAUAGCCAUCAAAGAUUCACUCAAGGAGGAGAAACAAAGAUUGAUAGCCAUCAAAGAUUCACUCAAGGAUGUCGACAACAUGCUCGUUCUUUUGCAGAGAUUGCAGUCGCGCCAACGCCAACAAUGCCAAGAAGCAUUUAUCAAGCUGGAAAACAGUAGAAUGCAUCUGAUGGCCAACAUAAAACAUUUUCAACAACACGAGCUCGAUGUGAUCGGUGAGUUGAAUGCGCUUAAAGUAGAGGGUGGCAGUUGUUGGCCGCUUUUCAUAAACUGCGUUAGAGGUCUCUUCAAUCCAUGGAAUUGGCGCACAACUGCAAUAAAAAUAGCUCUUAUUUCUGUUUCUGUUUCAUCCACAUAUAAGCUAUGCCAAUCUGGGCAGGAUGAUAAAUGUGUAUCAUCUCUAGAUUCAGUCAUUCCUAGAAAUUUUAAUUUGUUAGCAAAUGGCCCAUUGGAUGUUUCAUAUGGAAAGGGAUGA